AUGUACCCUUCUCACUUCUCCGUGUUUCUUCUCGCACUUGUUUCGUCAUGGCUGUUAGGAAUUUGGUAUCUAGUACCUCUAGUAUCAUCACACGAUGACCCUGUCACUAGAAAACCAUUAUUCGGAAAUUUCAGAUGUAAUCGUUAUUUUGUCAGAAAGACAUCCUUCAUCACGUGCGACAUUGAAAAUAUUUGUCUUGCAACGAAUGGCCAAUUUGUCUUGUUCCAUCCUUCCGAACGACUCUGGGGCUCUCAAAAAGAUUUCUUGAAAGUACUCAAUUCCGAAGUUUGGACCUAUGCUCAAGGACGAGUGGAAACAUUGAGAGGAAAUUUUCAAGUACGAGUCAUUGAUGCAGAUCUUGUUUUGGAACAUGUCAAACAAUAUUCACAAAAUAUUACCAACACGAGUUCUCAACAGAUCUCUGAAACACAAUGGUUGGGAGCAAGUUCAAUUUCUGGAUGGUCCAACACUGCACCACAAAAAAUUCGAGAAAUUUUCACACAUUACAAAAAAACGAGUCAGCCAUUCACCCAUGACGGUGUCACAAUCACUCCGAUUGAAUUGGAUUCGAACUUUACCUAUUUCACAACACCAACCUAUGCUCUCAAACGAUAUGCUGCUGGAAAAUUCGAUCGAUUUCUUGUCGAUAAUUUACUGAUGGUCGUUUCCUUAAUGAUGAGCUAUCAUCCAGUUUCAAAUUCGCAAGAAUUCGAAUCUCUACUCAAUCACACCAUUUUAUAUUUGGAUGAUGUGUUUGAUAAGGUCACUCCUAAUAAUGAGGUAGCCACUCACUUUUCAGAUCCAUCCAUUGCUGAUGAUCAUUCAUUGAAAAUGGCGAGUUUGAUCAGUAAGCGACCACCCUUGCAACUCUGUGAAACGAAAUUGAAUCAUUUUUCCAUUGAGAAAUUACCAUGUCGAAAUGUGGGUGCAAAAUCUUCGACUGUUUCCAAUCAUCAUUCGAAAAAUCAAGGCUCUGAAAAACCACUCGUCUUGCAAUCCUGCUUUUCACAUUUACUAGUUGGUCUUACUGCACCCUUUCACAAAAAUUUAUAUCGAAGAGAAAGUGUGGCUUCAACAUUACGACAAUUGGCAUAUUCCAAUCUCAAUAUUCGACCACUUCCACACGAAGAAAAUGAUACGCAUCGAAUGAUUGAAUAUUUAGAUUUUAAAAUGGUUCGAGUAGCGAUUCACAAACCUUCCUCACAUUCUCAUGGUCCAUUUAUUGCCAAUGCUGAAGAAAUUGCAAAAACCUUAAAAGAAAGAUUCACCUCGCAUAAUAUUCAAAAUGAUAUUCUCCUCCAACAAUUAAUUCAUUUACGUUCAUCGAUUCUAGUAGAGUUUUUUGAAUUUCCAAAAAGUUUUUCCCAUGAACAUGUGAAUUAUUUCUCAACAGUGGAUGUGUUCAUUACCGAUUCAGGAAGUGCAGCUUAUUAUUCCAUGUUUAUGAGAGCAGAUACAUCAAUGAUUGUGGCACCUGAAUGCACAUCAGUUUUCAACGAUACUGCUGCUGUGAAUCAUUCAAGUCGAUGUGAAUCGAGUGUGGCAUUUCAAACUUUGAAAGCAUUGCCAGCAGUUCAAGUGAUUGAUUAUUUAGAGUUGGACGCAAAGAAUGUGAAAUGUCAACGACGAGAUGCUUCGGCAAAGGCUCGAUCGAUUUGUGAUCCCAUUUUGGACGCUCAAAUCAUGGCUGAGAGUGUGGUGCAAUUGUUGAAGAAAAGAUAUUUGAAGAUUUUAAAUUAA